AUGGCAAAUGUGGAUUACAUUCUUGAGUUUGCUACUGACUUGGCCACCCCGCCGGCAUGCACCGAGUGCAACAGAUGUGUCGACCUGUACUCCUCCCACAUCCCCGUCAUCACUUUCCUGGCCAGCUUCGCCUACCAACCAGCCACUGUCCUCCUCAAUCGCUUCCUCUCCGUCUUCCCUCCCGACUCCCAAGAUUUCAACGAUCUCUUGUGCAGUUUGGGAAUGGAGGCCUUGACUGUUGGGUGGACUCGAGUGGCUGAAGCCGAGUGCGUGCAGCUGAUGCUGCUGGGGGAGCCGUGCUAUCGCCCUGCCUCCCCUGCUGCUGCCCCUCCCUCCCAUUCUUCUCCUUCCAACCCUGCUGCCCCUUCUUCCCAUGCUGCCCCUUCUUCCCAUGCUGCCCCUUCCACCCCUUCUGCACCUUCCAGCUGUGCUUCCUCGUCCACCCGUGCUUCCCCUUCCACCCAUGCUUCCCCUUCCACCCCUGCUGUCUCUUCCACCCGUGCUGUCUGGUCUAGCCGUGCUCCCCCUGCUGCCCCUUCCACCCACACUGCCUCACCCAUCAGUGCUGCACCAAAGCAUGCAAGUGCACCCGUUUCGGUUACAAGAGACCCUGGUCUUGCUGCUGGUGGAGAGCGUGUGUGCGGUGCUGUAGGGUGUGGGACGGUGGGGGGUGGUGGUGGUGUGAAGUUGAGGAGCUGCGGUGGGUGUGGCAAGGUGGCGUAUUCCAGCAGAGAGUGCAAAAAGGCGGACUGGCCCUCCCACAAGCUCACAUGCCCCGGCAGGACCAGCGGCAGGGGUGGUGGCAGCAGCAGUGGCAAGUCGAGGGGCAAGGUGAGUGGAGUGGUGAGUGGCAAGGCGAGAAUGGAAAGGUGGGUGGCACAAGGUGGCAGCAGUGUGAGUGGCAAGGGGGGUGGGAAGGUGAGUGGGAAGGUGAGUGGGAAGGUGAGUGGGAAGGUGAAUGGGAAGGUGAAUGGGAAGGUGAAGGAGAAGGUGAGUUGGAAGGUGAGUGGGAAGGUGAGUGGGAAGGUGAGUGGGAAGGUGAGUGGGAAGGUGAUUGGGAAGGUAAAUGGGAAGGUGAAUGGGAAGGUGAAUGGGAAGGUGAGUGGGAAGGUGAGUGGGAAGGUGGGUGGGAAGGGGAUUGACUGA